GUUUAUUUUUCUAUAAUGGCAGCAGCCAAAAUAGGGAUUGUGAAUAGGGCUGCCGUCCUUCUGUUUGCACUGUCGCAAAUAACCGCAACUUACGACACCCCAGGCUGCACACGCGCAUGUGUCUUAUCUCCUCGCGCUGAAGUCUUCUAUCUGCAGGAAGCCGCUUUCUGUUUUCAUCCAAUGCAGCAGUUUCCAGACGUUGAGCUUUCCAACAGAUUAAAAAUCCCAAUCCUGGGUUUAGGAACAUCGCAUUACGGCGGCUACUCGCACGACGCCGUAGUCUACGCGCUCCAGCAGUGCGGCGUCCGCCACAUAGACACAGCGAAACGAUACGGCUGCGAAGAAGCCUUGUCCAAGUCUAUCUCCGAGAGCGGAGUCCCACGUGACCAGCUGUGGAUCACCACCAAGCUGUGGCCUGGGGAUUAUGGGUAUCGGAGUGCCAAGGAGGCCUGCCGGGCGUCGUGCCAAAGACUCGGAGUGGAAUAUUUAGAUCUGUAUCUGAUGCACUGGCCCGAUUGUGGAGUUCCGGGCCGCUCCAACCGGGACGUCCGAGCUGAGACGUGGAGAGCACUGGAGGAGAUGUACGAUGAAGGGUUGUGUCGUGCCAUCGGGGUGAGCAACUUCCUGAUCCCACAUCUUGAGGAACUCAAAGAGGAUGGGGGUGUGGUACCUCACGUUAACCAGGUGGAGUUCCAUCCGUUCCAGCAGCCGUGGCCGUUGGUGGAGUUUUGCCGCCGCGAGGGCGUAGCGUUUGAAGGUUACUGCCCUCUGGCUAAAGGCCAAGCUCUCGAUCAUCCGCUUAUUGUGGCGCUGGCACACAAGUACGGACGCAGUGCUUCACAGAUCUGCAUUCGCUGGAGCAUUCAGAAUCGCAUCAUCACCAUCCCAAAGUCUACCAAGCCGGAGAGGAUUCGUGAAAACUGUCAAGUGCUUGGGUUCCAGCUGGAAGACUCUGACAUGGCUGCCAUGUGCACUCUGCAUGACGGGAGGCACAUGAGCUGGGACCCAACCCACGUGGUGUGAGCAUGCUGGUGUUCGGGUUCACGCUGGCUGACGGGGACAUGGAGCGCGUCGGGCGGUUACACACGGAUAAAAAGCUCAUUCGUCUCGGCUACCCGCUCUGGAACGGAUAACGGGCUCGGAAUCGUGUCAACGGUUUUUGAACACUACUUCACUUUAUAAAAUCUCCACAUGUUCAUCGAUCUGAUUGAGACAAAUCAUAGCUUGGUAACUGGCAGGUUGAGAAGAUCUAGAGAACGAGUUGUUUGGGUCAUCCAUUUGGGAAAAGCCCAUGCUGGGAUUUCCACCCAGCAACACUUUGAGGAACCACCCGUGUGAUUACUUCUGUGUAAAUGUAACCAAUGUAUUUCCUUCAACAUUUGAUUAUGGAAGCAAAAUUUUCUAAUGAUGAAAUAAAUCGCAGACUCGUGUCAA